AUGAACAGAAACCAAGCCACUUCAACACUUCCAAAUACAACUUAUCAGAAAGCAGACGAAACUUUAGAUUCCCAAGUUAUGAUGAAUGUCUUUAAAAAGAACAAUAAACAAAAUACACCCACCAUGCAACAAUACAACCAAAUAAUUUGGAAACGAAUUGAUACUCCAGUUGGUUCCUUUUUCAAAGAAGCUCCACUUUCGAAUAGAUCCAAACGAAAGACACAACAAAUCAGCAAAAAAGAAAUGCUACAAGUGUUGCAUCUUCCUCAAAAUCAAGCAAGUAAAUUACUCGAUUGCAGUUUAUCCACAUUGAAGAGAAGAUUCUACGAAUUGAAAGACGAUUUUGGACUAAAGUCUUGGCCUCAAUGUUUUGCAGAAGUGAGGCAUUUGCCAAUAUUUCGUCAAAUUUAUCCAAUGAGUUUAGAUUUCAUAUUGAAUACCCAUGAAAAAAUGUAG